GUUUUCGUAUCGCCCCACAUACGCAGCGAGAUAGUCCGACUGCCGACAAAAAGUUCCGAUGUGGUCAUGAUCAUUCGGUUACCCCUUUAGCUUAUAGACGGAGAAAUCGGACGAUGAACGAGGGCCGGUGAGUUUGCAGCGUGCAGGUUUAGCAUGUACUGCGGAUUGGGCACUUGUUUUUGGCUUUGUGAUUGGGAAUUUCGCUGGAAAGGAACGAACGAGGAAGUGAAAAGAGAAAGAAAUGUUGUUUCAGGUGGGAGGUCAAGGGACUCGUCCCACCUUCUUCGAGAUGGCGGCGGCUCAACAGCUUCCUGCCAGUCUCCGCGCUGCUCUUACAUACUCAAUUGGUGUAUUGGCCUUAAGAAGACCAUUCCUUCACAGAGUCUUGGACUAUGAAGAUGAAUUUUUCGCCUUGCUAAUGCUGGUUCUUGAAACUCACAGCUUACGAACCACAGAUGCUUCUUUUUCUGAAUCUCUAUAUGGGCUUCGAAGACGAGCAGUUAACAUCAGGGCAAAGAAGGAUGAUGCUGGCUCGAAAUCACCUAAUGCCACUAGUCCUUCUGGGUUAGAGAAGCGACAAAAAGUUCUUUCAGUUGUUUUCUUGGUUGUGCUUCCGUAUUUAAAAUCUAAAUUGCAUUCAAUGUACAAUAAAGAAAGGGAAGCUAGGCUUCAAGCUACUCUAUGGGGAGAUGAUGAUGGAUUUGAUGUCAGCCAGAGCUUUGUUGAAGAGGAUUUUCAAGUGUCAAGAGGAACCUUGGAUGCUGAAGUCUCCAUUGGAGCACGCAUGAGAAAGAGAGUUCAGAAAAUUGUAGGAUUUUGCUAUCCUUGGUUACAUGCCACUACUGAGGGCUUAUCAUUUGCUUAUCAGCUGCUAUACCUGUUGGAUGCUACUGGAUACUACUCGCUAGCACUGCAUGUUCUUGGCAUUCAUGUCUGCCGUGCUACAGGACAAGAGUUGAUGGAUACUUCUUCCAGAAUUUCAAAGAUUCGUAGCCAUGAACGUGAGAGACUUCGUGGCCCUCAAUGGUUGAAGACAGUACAAGGAGCGCUGCUUAGCUGUACAUACACAAUACUCGACUAUGCACAGACCGGUUUGAUUGCAUCAGUGUUCUUUUUCAAAAUGAUGGAAUGGUGGUACCAGUCUGCUGAGGAGAGAAUGUCAGCACCGACUGUAUAUCCCCCUCCCCCUCCCCCUCCCCCCCCAAAGGUAGCGAAAGAGGGGAUUCCACUGCCGCCAGACAGAACAAUUUGUCCGUUGUGCUCACAGAAGCGUGCAAAUCCAUCUGUUAUUACAGUUUCGGGGUUUGUUUUCUGCUAUGCUUGCAUCUUUAAGUAUGUUACCCAGUAUAAGCGUUGCCCGAUCACGUUGAUGCCUGCAACGGUUGAGCAGAUAAGGAAACUCUUUCAUGAUGUAUAGGGCUUACUGGCAAUAAGAGGGGGCUUGGCUAGUGAUGCGUUUCAGAUCAGCAGAGAUGCACCAGGCACUUGUCAAUGUGCCCACUUUUCUUUUCUUUUCAAUGGUGAUGCAUUAAGCGUGGAGCUUUGAGGUUAGUGAUGGGGGCGAUUUCGUGUCCACUGCUUUCUGUCUCUCUGUCUGUCUACUUCAGACCGUUUCAGAUGUAACAAUAUAUGGCCAUUUUGAGCCCCCCCCCCCCCCAAAAAAAAAAAAAGAAGGGAAAUUACUGUUCAUGACAAAUAGACAAGGGCUGGUCUUCAUUCUAGUCCAUAUAUCUUAUAUAAAUGAAAUCCGCUUUCCUAAGUUGGAAACUGGGUGUCAGCGGUUUUGUAA